AGUACCGAUACGAGAGGUCAUCCCUUCGGUUCCAACAUGGCCGGGAGUCGUUUGGAGAAGUUUGGCACGAUUUUUACCCGCGUGCGUGACUUGAUACGCGGGGGAGUGAUGAAACACGAGGAGAGACCACUCUGGUACGAUGUGUACGCGGCUUUCCCUCCCCGAGACCCGCCGCUGGCCGAGAGGAGUUACGAUAUCAAACCGGUCAGACAGAUCCUCUACCCAGAGGACAAGAUUCGUGCAGCUUUCUAUAAGACCUACGGCACCCCCCGGCCCAUGGACCUGACAAACCCAGAUGCUGUGUCGGAGUGUCAGAAAUUCAUCCUGAAGUACCAACAACUGGAGAGACUUGGGAAGUACCAGGAAGAGGCAGAACUGUUCGAGGCAGCAGCAAGGGCACUACAGAGGGACGGGGUCAUCCUGAAAAAGAGACAGUUGAAACAAGCCACUGAUACUGUAACAAUAGAUGAGCCACAGGAAAGACAGAAAGAUCCUGCGCUGAACAUUCGCAUUAGUGACAUGAUAAAGGAAGCGUUACAGAAAUCAGAGACAGAAAAAUCGUGACCUAGAUUCAUCCGAUGCAUUGUGUUAUAGUACCAACAUAAAGAGGGCUUUGCUUGUGUCAAUAUU